AUGUCGCUGCAGACUUCCAAAGGAAGGCGGGAGUGCGUCGCCCUUCUGAUUAUCGAGGCGAGCCAGGACCGUAACCAGCGGGAACGCUGGCAGUUCGCUAAUUGUGAUGAUUCGAAGUCGGGUGCAGUCACUUCAGCUGUCGAGGAAGCCUACUACACUCUUCAGACCGUUUUCAAAAACUCUGUCGACAAGACAAGGUACCACAAGAGGCGCACAACACUGCUCGACAUCUACAAGACGCAUGGCUUCAAUGGUCUGUUCUUAUGUGCUUUUGGAUUAGCUCCAACCACGUUCGCCAAGUCAGAUGGCCCAUCGUUUGUCGCUGGAUUCAACACUUGGUGGGGUCAGACCUGUCCACCCACCGAUUUUGACAGCCUCAUUGCAGAGCUGAAGGGAAAGCACCAGCAUACGAUUAGGGCCUUUUUGCCGUCGGUCCCGGUAUCGCAAUGCAUUACCGCUGCAGGGUCUGAUAGCCGUGUCGCAAGCAACCUCGCUGACAUCCGUGAUGAAGCUGCGAUUAGCGGUCGCAAGCGAAGUCACGGCCAAGCCUUCCCAAACGCAGACCACGAUCACGAUAUUGCUAAGGAGAUCGACCACGAUUUUUUGUACCCACCCGUAGAAGGGCCCAUGGGUGGACUCGUCUAUAAAUUGGAGCCUAUGGACGGCAUAAAAAUCAUUGCGAACGGCGACAUAGACAUUUUUUUGACCAUGCCAUUUAGUAGUGCAGCCCCAUUUGUCACUGUGAGGAUCUCGGCCGGCGUUGCGAGAGAUCUGAUCACCAAGCGGCCAAACAUUAUACCCAACUCGAAAUUUGCGGAAUGGAUGACAGGGGUGCGAUACCGAACACACGAGAUCAGGAAAAAUCUCUACACCACAAUCUAUGAAGAUGAUCGCGAAGGUCAUACCAACUCAUUUUGGGCAUUCGAGUGUCGACAGAUGUUUCCAGAGAGGCAAGGAUUCUUCGUCGGCCAGGAAAUCUAUCCGGAUUAUUCAAAUCUGAAAAUUGACAGGGUUGUGUCGGAAUUGACGCCUCAUGGUCGGCUGCGCAAAGUGGUGACAGGGGAGGACAAGAAGCUAGGGGUUGGCCCAGCAGACAUCGCACAAGCGGAAAAUGAUGUCGAGACAAAAGCAUUGCUGGCUAUGAACAAAGAUCGCACCAACGCUGUUUACUGUCAAACUACCAGAGCAACGACGUUCCGAACCUGGAUUAUCCGAAAGCCGACAUGUCGACUCGAACCACUCUUCGGUGCUGAUACACGAGGGGACCCUCACCAGUACAUUGACAUUUGUACAUCCUUUGGACAAUACCAAUGGCACAGACUCGGAAGUCUUGUCAAAAACGAGCCAGAGCUUGAUCUAAGCCAUUUCGAGUUCCAGUUCGAUCUGAAGGCGAAUUUCGAGUGGGACCGGAAGCAUGAAAAGAUGCAAUUGGCGUUGGAAGAGAAGCACUCGGAAGACAUGGCAGCUCUACUUCUGCAACAAGAGGAAUUCAAUGCGGCAUCUAUCCCACAAGCUGCAGAGGAUCUCGAGCUGCCAUCGGCGAUGCAGGCUGAUAAUGAAGGUUUCGAGGAGGAAACCAGCGAAAUGUCCGAAACGCCAACUUUUGGACAAGAACAAGCCGAUGACAGCUACCAUGGUCAAAGCUCCCAGACUCAAGCUCAAGCCUCAAGCAGUCUCACGAUUUACAACGAGGUCCAACUUUCCGUCGAAAGGGGAAAGAAAGGGACUUACAUCGUCUUCAAUCACGAAGGAAGGUCGUUCAGAACGAAAAGGGAUCAGUGGACGAGUGCUCGCGACGAAAGCAACCGACAGUGUUACCAAUGGUACAGUAACAGUUUCAAGCUAUUCUUCAGAGCUUAUCAGUGGCCAUGA